AUGCUGUCGCCACCACUGUCGCUGAAGCGCUUCUUGCUUCUAUCAGCCCUCUUCGCCUCGGGUGUAUUGGCGCAACAAAAUAAUGACGACGAAUCAAGUUCAUCAUCAUCGACAUCCGUCUCCUCUAGCUCGGCCAAGGCGACGACCACCAGCAGCACAUCGAGAGUAGUAAUUACUCCUACGGCAUCCGAAACCUCUCCUACUUCGACCGGCACUGAAAGCAUACCCCCCUUGACAAUCGGCAACACAGAAGCAGAGACGGGUCCAACCGCACCUUUAACUGGUCUCCCAACUCUCACCAAAAUUGGCAUCCCAGAAUAUCCCGCGCCGACCGUUCCUCCCACGCAAAAUGCGCCCUUCAUGAACCACUCGUCGCUGCCUGAUGGCACCGUCUUUAUCUGUGUCGGUGCCAUCCUUGGUGCCUUCGGCCUGGGUGUUGUCAUCUGGCGCACCGUCAUCGCCUGUCUCCUCCACCGUUCCGUCGAGCGCGCCGCCAUGGCCCAGUGCAUCGGCAGCGAUAAGGCCUUCCCGCCUCCGCCCAAGUUCUACAAGUACUCGGACCUCAACUCGAACCCGUCACUCGUCGCCGGCAGCAACACCGGUCUCGCCGGAAACCGCAAGUCGCGCGGCCCGGCACCCUCUGCAGGCACCCCCAGCCAGAGCACCCUAUUUUUCUCGCCGACUGCGCAGGCAGGUGAUCGCAACAGUACCAUAGCCAACAACCGCCACUCGACCUUCCUCCCCUCCGGAUUCUACGCUUCUUCGGCCGCUGCACCUAUGGGCCACAGCCACGGCAACUCGAUCAGCAUGUCGAACCUCCGUCCGAUGUCGAGACAGCCGAGUGGUGGUAGCAUGAUGGGACAGACGCCGCCUGAGUCGCCGAAUGUUGGACCGGUUAUGGGAAUGGCGACGAGGACACCACCCUCCAGGGCGUUUAGCAGCAGCUCGGUCAACCAGUUGAACAGGCCAGAGAGCGGGCGUGCGCCAAGCGCGUUUUUGGACGACCUUUUGGGGGAUAACCCGCAGGCUUUCCCUCCUCCAGGAGGGUAUAACGCCCCGGGGUACCACGGGGGGCAUCAUGAUCCUAGGCACAGUGGGAGGUACUAA